GCAUCUGCACCACUGUCCCCAAAACCAUGCACAAUUCCCUCUGGGGCCACCAGGCACAUCUCGUUCCAGGGAUGUGCUGCCCAGGCCUUUCUGCUGUUCUUCCUUGGAACAGAGUUUUCCCUUCUCACCAUCAUGUGCUACGACCGCUACGUUGCCAUCUGCAAACCCCUGCACUACGGGACCCUCCUGGGCAGCAGAGCUUGUGCCCACAUGGCAGCAGCUGCCUGGGCCGCUGGCUUUCUCUAUUCUCUGCUGCACACAGCCAAUACAUUUUCCCUGCCCCUGUGCCAGGGCAAUGCCCUGGGCCAGUUCUUCUGUGAACUCCCCCACAUCCUCAAGCUCUCCUGCUCACAGUCAGGCUACCUCAGGGAAAUUGGGCUUAUUAAGGUUACUGCUUGUUUGGUGUUUGGUUGUUUCAUUUUCAUUGUUUUCUCCUAUGUGCAGAUCUUCAGGGCUGUGCUGAGGAUCCCCUCUCAGCAGGGGCGGCACAAAGCCUUUUCCACGUGCCUCCCUCACCUGGCCAUGGUCUCCCUGUUACUCAGCACUGGCACAUUUGCCCACCUGAAGCCCCCCUCUAUCUCCUCCCCAUCCCUGGAUCUGGUGGUGUCAUUUCUGUACUCGGUGGUGCCUCCAGCACUGAACUCCCUCAUCUGA